UAUUUCCUCUUCCAGAUUCCAAGCCCUUGCGAUGGCGCGUGAUGUUGACGGAGUUGACUAUUCUUCAAGCUCUUCUGGUUCAACUAAGAGAUGGAAGUAUCAUGUGUUUUUGAGCUUUCGAGGGGAAGAUACUCGGAAAAAUUUUACUGAUCAUUUAUAUGCUGCUUUAAAACGCAAAGGAUUAAGAACUUUCCGGGAUGAGGAAGAACUUGAAAGGGGAGAAUCUAUUAAUCCAAGUUUAGUACAAGCAACUGAAAAAUCUCGUUCUGUAAUUAUUGUGUUCUCCCCAAAUUAUGCUUCUUCAACUUGGUGUUUGGAUGAGCUUCAAAAGAUCCUGCAGUUAAAGGAAGAGACAAGUCUUCAAGUAUUUCCGAUACUUUACGGUGUAAAUCCUUCUGAUGUUAGGAAACAAAAGGGAAGUUUUGCAGAUGCCUUCAUAAGGCAUGAAGAAAGAUUUGCCGAAGACAAAAUAAAGGUGCAAAAGUGGAGAGAUGCUUUACAAAAAGUUGCUUCUUUAUCUGGUUGGGACUCCAAAGAUCGGUAA